CCCCCCCCCAAUUCCGCCUGUCCAGAAUAGCUGUAGCGCAAGAAGCUCGUUGCUGAAGAUGACGUCCAACCCGCCGCAGAGCGCUGGACUGGCCGCUAAGCAGGCCGCUGCUGCCGCCGCCGCACGCUUCGCUGGUUACUCUUCCUUCUACGCAUCGCCCUCGCCGCCUGCGCAACCUCAUAAUCAGACGCAGUUCUUUCAGCCUGCUCGCCCGCCUCCUCCUCGGCCGGGCAUGUUCAAUGGGCCCCGCGGUCCUCCCCCUCGCCCACCACAUAUGACCAACGGUUUCGCUCGUCCGCCGCCCCCGCCGCAGUUCGCGCUCAAUGGUCGAGGGCCACCUCCUAUGAUGCGGCCGCCGCCUCGUCCAGCGUCUUCCCAGUCCUCCUCGUCCCAGUGGCAGUGGAGCAACGGCAGCAAUGUUCAAACCUCAGCACCAGCAAAGACGGUGGCCGCUGCGCCUCCUGUGAGGUUCAAUAUUAGUCCACAGAACCGCGGACCCCCUCCCAGGAGCUUCGGCCCGCCGCCUGGAGCCUUCUCAGCGCCGAAUCCUGCAGCCCCUGCUGCUGCUUCGCCCAUGGGAGGCAAUGCCAAGUGGCCGGACGCACUGCACGACUACGUGAAGCGAGCAUUUGCGCGCUGCAAGGGAGCAGCGGACCAGAGUAUUACCCAGAACUCCCUCAAGGAGAUGAUCACAAAUGCCAUUAUGACCAACAGUUUGUGGACAAAGAAUUGGACUGCUGAACCACUGCCGGUACUCGUAGGAGACACCCCGGCAGCGGCCAUGCAGACCAAAAUGGGGAUGGGAGGACCUAUGCCUGGAGCAGCGGGCCAGAAGUUUACACCUUCGCCUAGUAGCAGUAGUUUGCAGUCCAAUCAGAUCUUUAUCCCAUUCAAAGAGCCCUCUAGCAAGAAGAACAAGGCGAACAAGCGCAAACACGACGGCUUUGAGAUCCAAGACGCGGAUGUACAGCGCAAGAACCAGAGAAGACAGCGAUUCCAUAUGACCCAACAGGAACUCAAGAGCUUGGUGACCCCCGAAGUGGAUACGAAGAAGUUGCAGGUAUUGACGCAGGACGGAGACCUGGACCUAGCAGCCAUGGUCAUUAAAGGUACUAGUCAGACGGUUGAAAAGGAAUACUUGCGAUUAACCUCUCCCCCGCAUCCAUCGACCGUGCGACCCGAGCCAGUGCUGCACAAGGCGCUGGAGCUCGUCAAGUCGAAGUGGAAGAAGGGUGACCGAGAUUAUAUUUAUGCCUGUAGCCAGCUCAAGUCCAUCCGCCAGGACUGUACCGUGCAGCAUAUCAAGAACGCGUUCACCGUGUCUGUGUACGAGACCCACGCGCGAGUUGCGCUCGAGUCUGGCGAUAUCAACGAGUUUAACCAAUGCCAGACGCAGCUCCACGAACUGUACGAGAAGCUGAUCCCAGGCGAGGCGAUCGAGUUCCUCGCGUACCGCAUUUUGUAUUGUGUGUACGUGUCUCUGCAAGCCAAGAAGGGGGACUCGAACGCAGGUCAACUUGGCAUGUACAACGUACUGGGCAUGGUAACACCCAGGCUGCGUGCAGACCCAACGAUCGCCCAUGCGCUGAGGGUGCGCCAGGCGGUUGCUAUGAAUGAUUAUCAUCGUUUUUUCAAACUCUAUGUAGAUGCUCCGAAUAUGGCAGGUUACCUGAUGGACGUCAUGGUCCCCGCGAUCCGACUAAGUGCGCUUCGAGCGAUGUGCAAAGCGUAUCGCCCAACGCUCCCGGUGCAGUAUAUUCGCGAUGAGCUCAAACUUGAAGGCAAGGCAGGAAAAGCUUUCAUCCGUCAGUCUGGUAUCGCAUUUGUUAAGGGAGACAAGACGCGAGUGGACACAAAGGCCUCGAACAUCGUCUGGGCGCUGAGCAAUGAGUCGUCGCUUAUUUAGGCUUGCACUUUGCUUGUGCUACAUUCUUGAGCAUGGUGAGACUCUCACCUCACCGUGAGGGUGAAUCGACGUCAGUAGCUGAAAAAAAAAUCACGCGGGAGACAGUGGUGUAAACGUCAAGUGAUGCGAAGCAAAGUAAGGCCUCGUCCUGCUUACAUCUGUAGCUGAAAUGGUGCUGAAGAAAUCGUUCGUGUUUACUGCCUCUCCACCCCCGCCGUCGUCCCGAGCCCACUCGAGCAUCGUGAUUGCUGAACGCAUAGCUAUAAUGUUUCGCGGUUGCAGCAGUUUUACAAGAGUGAAGUGAAUUCGAAUGGCAAUGGUGAUAAGACUGGAAUUGAGAGGAACGGCGGGGCAGAGAGAUAGGAUGAUGAUCGAGACGUAGAAAGAAGGAGAAGGGGGAAGGAGGUACCUACCAGUGACUGCAGUCGUCGGUGCAUAUUCAUACCUGCAGCAAAUGGGUAUUCUAUCUGUGGCGUGCUAUCUACGCAUGCGACUCGAUGCUGCGCUAUCUGAAAUCCAAAACGCAAUGCUUGCAUAACAUAAUGAAAACUGCUUUUCGAAUUCGCUCGCAGCGUUAUCUAUGUGG